AUGUUGACUCUGAGGAGCUGCAGACCUGUGAAAUGCCUCAUCCGGCGGAUGAGUUCAUCCACUGAUAGUCCAGUUGUGGAUCUUCCCGGUCUGGGACGACUUCGAGGAUCAACAGCGACGACUGCGUGGAGCAAAAGGAAGAUUUAUCAGUUUCUGGGUGUGAAUUAUGCGGAAGCGCCAAUUGGAGAGCUUCGCUUUAAGGCUCCACGUCCUGUCCAAUCAUGGGAAGGCGAGAAGGAUGCUUCCAUGCUUGGGCGUCCUUGUCCAAUGUACAGUGUCCUGAAGAAGCUCAAGGAACCCCCGAAAAACGGCCAUCUCGAAGACUGUGUCAAUCUCUGUGUGUAUUCUAACGACUUGGGUGGAUCGCGGCCAGUUAUGGUCUACAUUCACGGUGGAGGAUUCAUUGAAGGUGACGCUGGGCAAUUUCCACCAAACUAUCUACUGGAGAAGGAUGUCGUGCUGGUUGUUCCGCAAUACAGACUUGGUCCUCUAGGCUUCCUUUCCACACAGACCGAAGCAAUCCCGGGAAAUGCUGGAGCUCUUGAUAUUAUUCAGGCCCUCAAGUGGGUGCAAGAAAACAUCAAACACUUCGGAGGUGAUCCGCAGAAGGUUACAGUUGUGGGGCACUCAGCAGGAGCUGGAAUACUGUCAGCAAUUACCUACAGUCCGCUGGCUGGAGAGGAGCUGUUCAGCAAGGUCAUUCUGCAAUCUGGAGGAUCCUCAGCUUCCUGGUCUUGGGAUCAUGAUCCUACGAAGAAUGCCAGAGAAAUCGCCCAAUUGGGCGGACUAAGUGCUAAGGCGAGUGUGGAGGAGCUCAAUCAAUUCCUUCUGGGCCUGGACACGCAGUCUCUGGUAAUGCUCUUCAUGAAGUACUUGAUGACUGGCACUCCGAAUGGGAUUCGCACAAUUGGUGGACAUCGAAUGACCAUCGGUGGGCCUUCAAAUUUCCUCCCUGAUACACCAUAUGAGAUCCUCUCCAAGGGUGGUGGCAGAAGGAAUCUGCCAAUGAUGGCUGGUGUGUUGAAGAAUGACGGAGGAUUUCUCAUGACAGGAGUUUAUGAUGUGCUCAGUCAAACUAUUGGCUUCCAGAACAAAGAUUUCAACUCAUUUGACUUCCUGGAUUUCUACAAUCGCAUUCUAGGAACGCACGAAGUCACAGGAACAAUGGUGGCUUAUCAGUCCAAGGGUGUUUUCAGCAAGGAAGCCCUAACUAGUGGCAACUUCUAUGCUCUCAUAGAUGGGUUGUUUGACAUUUGUAAUGCUCUCUUUAUCAAAGGACCCACUUUCAGGGCUGUCCAGGAGAAUGCCAAGUUCAAUCCCAAGCAGACUUGGCUCUACACCUUCGAUUACAGAGGACAACACUCGAGAUUCGGCUACGGAGCUGACAUUACCAAGUAUCCAUUCGACGGCGGCGUUAGUCACUCCGAUGACAAUCUCUAUCUCUUCCCAUGGCCAGAAAGUGCUGCCAAUCUAAACGAGGAAGACACAAAAAUGGCCAAGAAAAUGGUUGAUCUGUGGACUUCCUUUGCCAUUGACGGAAUUCCGUCAGCACCUCAAGUCCCCAACUGGCCACAGAUGACAGAAGUUGUCGGGCCUUACUUGCACAUUAACCAGACAGACUCUGUCGGCGAGGACUUCAGGGAUGAGUUCACAGUUUUAUCGCGCGAAGGCUAUCACAGCAGGAAGUUCAGAAAAGACAUUGAGGAACAGGUUCAUCACACGCAUGGAAAAGUGUUUGAAUAAAAGCUGCGUAUGG